CCAUCAUUAUCAACCCGUUUCACCGCCGACGACUUCCCUACAUUAAAACUCAAUGAUGAUGCUCAGCACAACUAUGCAUCAGUGUUGCAGGCCACAAUCGAACUCACCCAAAUCCUCCAUAAUGGCCAUGAUAUCUUGUAUUCCUGCAAGACACGUACCUGGCAGAUGAUGCUUCGCGGUGACUAUAAUCGAUAUUUGGAUGAUUUCCGUAGAGCACUCUCAACGUGGCAGGAUUCUUGGGGGAAUUUAAAGGCGCCCCCCCGACUCCAUCAUACGCUUCGUACCUUUUAUGAAUAUGUUCGUCUAUAUGUAAAUGCUUUUUCCUUUCAAUCAGUUCUCUCGAGAGCAAGCGCGGACAACCAAAGCAAGGCUGUUAGACCGUCUCCAUCCGGUACCAAUCAAGUGCCUUCACCCUUCUCGCAUGGUAUCAUGGCAUCUGCGGACGGCGUCUAUAUUUUGGAAGCAGUGCAUGCUGCCAAGGAAAUCUUGAUUAUAGCAACCGAAACAGACCCCGCUACACAUAUUCGCUACAUGCCUUUUCGUUUCUAUUACAGUUAUAUCAUUUACUCGGCAGUAUUCUUACAUAAAGUCGACGUGUUUGACGCCUUGUCCACAGCGGAACACCGUGAAAUUAGGGAUCUGGUUAGGCGGUUUCUUCAUGUGCUAGAUGAUGCGGUGACCAGCCAUUGCCAUGUCGCCUUUCGGUAUGGCAAACUCUUGCAAAAACUCUGGUUUGACGACGCAGGUGCUACAGGAACUUCAUUAGACAGUAACCGUGAGGACCAGGUCAACCCAGAAGCUUCUCUCCCACACAAGGAGUACUCUUUCGGUUCCACUCUUGACAAUUCAGGCGAUGCCCCCCCGUCUGGAUUAGAUCUGCAAAUUCCGGAAGCCAAUUACAGACUGGUGCCAGAAUUCGAUCUGCUUUACCAGAGCCUUUUCAACCUAGGGACGGAUCCCUUCAGCUCAGAGUCGGCCGCAGGGAUGGACUUCAGGAUCUAA